AUAAAAUGAAUCAUAUUUUCAGAAGAAUGCUCUGCAGUUCUUUGACCAGCGCUCAGCGCUCUGCUGCCCCCCUCCUCUCCGCUGCUGCCAGGAAUUCUUCCUUCUGGAGUGGAGUUGAGAUGGGUCCUCCUGAUGCCAUUCUUGGAGUUUCAGAGGCUUUCAAGAGAGAUUCUAAUCCUAAGAAGAUCAACCUUGGAGUUGGAGCUUAUAGGGAUGACGCUGGUCAACCCUUUGUCCUUCCCUCUGUGCACAAGGCUGAGAUGAAGAUCAUGAGUGCUGGUCUGAACAAGGAGUAUGCUCCUAUUGGGGGUGAGGCUGAUUUCUGUACAGCCUCCGCUAAACUAGCCCUGGGGGAGGACAGCACUGUGGUCAGGGACGGCCUCAAUGUUACUAUUCAGGGAAUAUCUGGAACUGGUUCUCUACGUGUAGGCACUGCGUUCCUGUCUAAAUGGUUCCCCGGGAACAAGACAGUUUAUCUGCCUAAACCCUCUUGGGGAAACCAUACUCCCAUUGUUAAGCACGCUGGUAUGGAGGUUGGAGGUUACAGGUAUUAUGAUGCUGGAACCUGUGGACUAGAUUUUGCUGGAGCUGUUGAAGAUAUUAAGAAGAUACCUGAGGGAUCUAUUAUUAUGCUGCACGCUUGUGCACACAACCCAACGGGAGUUGACCCAACAGCUGAACAGUGGAAGGAACUAAGCGAGGUUGUUAAGGCGAAGAAACUCCUUCCCUUCUUCGAUAUGGCUUACCAGGGAUUUGCUUCCGGUGACGUCGACAAGGAUGCUUUUGCCGUCAGACAGUUUAUUGCUGACGGUCAUAUGAUUCUUCUGUCCCAAUCCUACUCUAAGAAUAUGGGACUCUACGGAGAAAGGACUGGAGCAUUCACCGUUGUCUGCAAGGACAAAGAUGAAGCAGCUAGAGUAGAAUCUCCGAUUAAGAUUAUUGUAAGACCUCUGUACAGUAACCCACCCAGGCACGGAGCCAGGAUUGUUACACAGAUUCUGAAUACUCCAGAACUCAGAUCUGAAUGGUUGGUUGAUGUAAAGACGAUGGCGGAUCGUAUUAUUACAAUGAGAACUCAGUUGAAAGAUGGAUUAACCAAGGAAGGUUCCUCCCUGAACUGGCAGCAUAUUACUGAUCAAAUUGGCAUGUUCUGUUUCACCGGAAUGAAACCUGAUCAGGUUGAGAGGAUUACUAAGGAGUUCUCAAUCUACUUAACUAAGGAUGGACGUAUCUCAAUGGCUGGAAUAUCAAGCUCUAAUGUUGGAUACCUAGCUCACGCUAUGCAUACUGUUACUAAAUAGAGAUGAUGCUGUAAGCCUUAAGAAGACUCCUGGUAGAGCCCUCAACCCUAAACCUACCGAUAGGACUAAAAAAAAAUCUUCCUGAAAGGGACUGUCAGCGUAAUUUCAAGUGACCUUCCAUUUAAAGAGAGGCAUGUCAGAUUCACAGCGGUAAACUUUGUCCGUGCAACGAUAAGGUAGAUAUCCUCAUUCGUACAGCUGAUGAAUGAGUGCCGGGAGACUCGAGGUUACAUUGUUCACUGUACACACCGUGUACUUGCGCGGGUUUUUGGCAAUUAAUUUCCCGCUUUAUAAAUCAGAAUAUCUACAAAUACUUGAUAACACAAAGAAAGGUUAAAGAGUUGUAAAUCGGACAUGCCACUCUAUGAAUGGAAGAUCGCUUAAAGUUACGCGUACACUCCCUUAACGAAUAAAAAUGGAAUUUCACCAUAUCCCUUGUAUGUAAUUAUGUAUGAAUGGUUGCAUAAACAUAAAACUAGUAAUAUAGACAUUUUUAGUAGAAAUCUUACACAUUGUUAUAAAAUAUAUAUAUGGAAAAUGAAACUAAAUAUAAUCCUGGUGAAAAAAAUGACCGAAAUAUAUUUAACAACUAUA